AGUUUACCCAGCCCACGGCCACGUCACCCACUCAGGAUGGCGACGUCACUGUCUCCACGGGGCCCCACCUCGGCUUUUGCGUCAGUGGAUGGAUUGGUAGUAUCUCCAUCUCGGGAAAGAGAAUCCAUCCGUCUCGUCCGCCGACGCCGACGCGCCGUUGCAUUGUCUCCUCUUCCUCGUCGCGAUCCCCUCUCGCCUCGUCCCCGAGGCCCGAAUCCAGCGCAGCGCCCGACCCGGCCCAGAUUCCGUCGGCUCUAGGGUCCCCGUGCCGGCGGCGAUGAAGGAGAAGCGCGGGCUCGAAGCCGGCGACGGUCACCCUGAGGCGAAGCGGUCGCGGCCCCCUGCUCUGGCCAGUGUUAUUGUUGAAGCACUAAAGGUGGAUAGUCUGCAAAGGCUUUGCUCAUCAUUGGAACCAAUUCUCCGUAGAGUGGUUAGUGAAGAAGUGGAGCGCGCCUUAGGCAAACUUGGACCUGCAGCAAUCACUGGAAGGUCUUCUCCAAAGCGAAUUGAAGGUCCUGAUGGAAGAAACCUGCAACUCCAGUUCAGGACAAGACUGUCCCUUCCCCUUUUUACCGGAGGAAAAGUUGAAGGGGAACAGGGAGCUGCAAUUCAUGUUAUUUUGCUUGAUACUGGCACUGGCUGUGUUGUAUCUUCUGGACCAGAAUCGUCUGCCAAACUUGAUAUUGUUGUUCUAGAAGGUGAUUUCAACAAUGAAGACGAGGAAGGCUGGACAGGGGAAGAAUUUGACAGUCAUGUGGUGAAGGAGCGUGAGGGAAAGCGACCUAUUAUAACUGGUGAUAUACAAGUCACACUAAAAGAAGGUGUUGGCACAAUUGGGGAGUUCACGUUCACAGAUAACUCUAGCUGGAUAAGGAGUAGGAAAUUCAGACUUGGUUUGAAGAUUGCCUCAGGAUUUUGUGAGGGUGUUCGCAUCCGUGAGGCAAAAACUGAAGCUUUCAUGGUUAAAGACCAUAGAGGAGAAUUGUACAAGAAGCACUACCCACCUGCAUUAAAAGAUGAGGUCUGGAGGUUGGAGAAAAUAGGCAAGGAUGGGUCGUUCCAUAAGAGGCUGAACAAAUCUGGAAUUUUAACAGUUGAAGAUUUUCUUAGGCUCGUGGUUCGGGACCCAUCAAAGUUGCGCACUAUCCUCGGAAGUGGCAUGUCCAACAAGAUGUGGGAUUCCCUUGUUGAACAUGCAAAAACUUGUGUCUUAAGUGGAAAAUAUUACAUAUACUACUCUGAUGAGAACAGAACUGCUGGUGCCAUUUUCAAUGACCUCUAUGCAUUCUGUGGUUUGAUUUCUGGCGAGCAGUUCUAUUCGUCCGAGAGUCUCGACGAUAGCCAAAAGCUCUUUGCUGAUGCUCUGGUGAAGAAAGCAUAUGAUAAUUGGAUGUAUGUCAUUGAAUAUGAUGGUAAAGCUCUCUUGAACCCUGAACCAAAGAAAAAGGCUGCAUCAACUAGUCAAGCUGAGGCUCGUCCUCUUCCUGAGAGGUAUCCUACUGCAUAUGCACAGCGUGGUUCUUCAACGACUUUGCCAGGACCAUCUCCAGCAGGCAUAACUGAUUCCAUAGGACAUGGCAACCGGUCAGCAACGCAGUCUGCUCUUCAAAGUACAUCUGUAAAUCUUCCUGUGCCAUAUGAUGACACCUUUUCAUUUCUACCGCCUACCAUGUUUAUGGGCGUCGAUCAAGGAACUGCAAGUGAUGCCAUGGGUCUGGAACUGGGACAAUUGCAACAAGUCGUUUCUCAUGGCCAGUCAAUUCAGCCAGCAAACAUUGGGUAUGAUGAUUGGACUCGAACCCGUGAUGGUCAAUAUGCUGAUGACUUCACUGAAGACAUUCGCAUGAAAAGCCACCAGAUGCUCGAGGGUGAAGACAUGCAGCAGCUGCUCAGGGUCUUCAGUAUGGGUGGAGCUUCUACCAGCUUGCCAGAUGAAACGUUCGCCUUCCAGUCUUACAUGCCAUCUCCACUGCCAAACUUGGGUUUUGAAGGUGAGCCCAGUCGUCCAUCGGGCAAAGCUGUUGUUGGGUGGCUCAAGAUAAAGGCAGCUAUGAGAUGGGGGAUCUUCGUCAGGAAGAAAGCUGCCGAGAGAAGGGCACAGAUUGUUGAGCUGGAGGAUUAGCAUCAUAGGUUGAUAUGUCAUAUACCAUCAGCUGCUGUAACAUAGUUCUUUGGCUCACAUGUUCGUUGUUGUGAUUGCCGUUGAAACUAGCUUGUAAAUCUACAGCCAUAGCUCUCUUAUCUUGUAAAAAUUGACAUCACUUGUACAAUCUCGACAUGAAUUCUUGUUUUAACUUCUUCAAAUUUUCAUUCCAUUUGUGCAGAAUAUUAGUAAACAAUCUGAAUUGAUGUCAUCAGUACUAUUGCUAUGUAUGACUAGUUGGUUGUGGUC